GGGCAUCGAGUCAACUGGCAAGACUGCGGGCACCGAGUCGUCUGGCAAGACUGCGGGCACCGAGUCGUCUGGCAACUGGCGGAACAGCAGCGGGCACCGAGUCGUCUGGCAAGACUGCGGGCACCGAGUCGUCUGGCAAGACUGCGGGCACCGAGUCGUCUGGCAAGACUGCGGGCACCGAGUCGUCUGGCAAGACUGCGGGCACCGAGUCGUCUGGCAAGACAGUCGGGCUCCGAGUCAACAGGCACGACAGUGGGCACCGGGUCAUCAGGUAUCGGAUUGUCUGGCUCGACAGCGGGCAUCGGGUCACCAGGCAUCAGGUCAUUUGGCUUGCCAGCGGGCACCGCGUCAUCUGGCAAGGCAGUGGGCACCGGGUCACCAGGUAUGACAGCGGGCUCUGAGUCAAUUGGCACAACAGCGGGCACUGGAUCAGGUACCGGAUCAUCUGGAUCAACAGCGGGCAUCGAGUCAACUGGC